CGUUGCCGCCGUCGCCGGCGCCGCCCGCUCUGCAGUGUGUGUGUGUGUUCGCUUCUCUGCCUCACAGACAUGGCUGCUCUAAGUAAGAUACCGCACAGCUGCUACGAGAUCGGUCAUACCUGGCACCCAUCGUGUGUACAAGCUGCCGCAGACAUAACCAAGGGGGCUCUGGAGGUCUCCUUCAAAAUAUACGCCCCUCUUUACCUGAUAGCAGCAGUUCUACGGAGAAAGAAGAAGGAUUAUUAUCUAAGGAGGCUCCUGCCUGAGAUCCUGUGGUCUACCUCUUUCCUAACUACCAAUGGAAGUCUCUUCAUUGUUUUCUUCUGCAUCCUCAGGAAGUUGCUUGGAGCGUUUUACCCGUGGUCUUCCGGCUUCGGUGCAGCUCUGCCGGCCUCCUACAUUGCCAUCCUCCUGGAGCGUAAGAGCAGGAGAGGUCUGCUGACGAUAUACAUGGCGAAUCUGGUAAGGUUCAAUUACCAAUCAUCUGGCUCAAGGGAAGCAGUGCACCUGCGUCCUUUCCAGAGCAUGGUUAUGGUGCUCUUGUUCUGCAUAACUUCAUCAAUCUUCAUGUUUCUCUUCAAGAGUAACGACGGCCUCAAAGGCUUUGCGUUUUCUGCAUUAAAAUUCAUCAUUGGGAAAGAAGAGAUCCCAACUCAUUCUAACACGGCAGACCCUGUUAGCACAAGGCCUCGCCAGAGAACUGCCGCCCUAGAGACCGAAGCCUCGCAGGCAUUGGCAGAAAGGCCCGACCUCAGGAGGACAGGUCUGCUAGCCUACACCAGGAAGCUGCUGGAGUCAAUAUGCAGACAUGGUCCAAGACACCGAUGUUGUAAGCAUUACCAGGAUAACUGCAUUUCCUACUGUGUUAAAGGUUUUGUCAGGAUGUUCAGCAUCGGCUAUCUCAUCCAGUGCUGUCUCAAGGUGCCCUCAGCGUUCAGGCAGAUGUUCUCCAAACCGUCUCGGCUCCCUUCUGUCUUCUACAACAAAGAGAACUUCCAGCUUGGGGCCUUUCUAGGCUCUUUUGUCAGUAUUUAUAAGGGAACAAGCUGCUUGUUACGCUGGGUGCGUAACAUUGAUGAUGAACUCCACGCACUGAUAGCUGGCUUCCUGGCUGGUGUCUCGAUGUUCUUCUACAAAAGCACAAGUAUAACCAUGUACCUCUUCUCUAAGCUGGUGGAGACCAUGUAUUUCAAAGGCAUUGAAGCAGGCCGGUUCCCUUACUUUCCACAUGCAGAUACAGUUAUCUAUGCCGUCUCCACUGCUAUCUGUUUUCAUGCUGCAGUAAUGGAAGUCCAGAACCUCAGACCUUCAUACUGGAAGUUCCUGCUGCGUUUGACAAAGGGCAGAUUUGCUCUGAUGAACCGGGAGCUGCUCGACGUGUUCGGGACAGAGGCGUCCAGGAAUUUUAAAGGCUUUGUGCCCAGACUGGACCCUCUCUGCACCACAGCGCUCAGCCGGACUGUGCUUCCACCUGGAGGGGACGCCAAGCUCGGGUGACUUGAGACAACACUCUAGCAAGACGCCCUUCCCCUCUUGCAGAGAACGUGGACAAAACUGACUGUUCCUUGAGAGCUUCUUACGGCUUUCGUAAAAGUGACAUACCUCUGACCGCCUCACCAGGAGAAAUGGUGAGGUCGUAGUAAAAGCUGGGAUACAAUUUUGGAUGAUGCAAAAGCCGAAGAUCGCGGCAAAGCUGGACGUUGUGAGUGUUCAUUUUGAAGCAGCACCAGUAAUCAUACUGACAGUGACUGAACACUCACAGGUAGCUGAGUAAAAUAAAUAGAACGAUGCAUAAUUACCUAUAAUAUAUAAUUUAGUAAAAAGUAAAAUUGUAGUCUAAAAAUCUCAAAAGGAAGCCCUUUUCUGAGCAGCAGUCCUGGCAGAAACUACACACACGUCAAACCUACUGACAAUCAAUUGAGUCUGUUCUUCAGUUCAGUUCUUAGAACUUUGUAUGUUUUCACACAGCCGCUUGUUUCCUGGUGAUAAGAGCGUUGAUUAAAAAGCAGCCACUUUCAAAAGAUGUAGUUGUGAAAAUACUUUGAUAGCUAAUGAAAUAAAUGCAGUAAGACGUCGGCUAACGCAACCCAACUAAUCCCUGCAUCACAUUUAGAACAAGAGUAACAACAAUGACUUCAAAACACCAGAGACUUCUUCUGCUAACAUUUAUUUUAUUUUCAUUGAGCUAAAGGUUAAAAUUAAGCAAAGACAUUUGUAUUUUUACAGUUUUGUUUGAACAGAAGUCCAAUUUCUUUAGAAAUCUCAGGCUGGAGGGAUGCAGAUCAUCUCGGUUCCACUAUUGCUUCCAGUGUUCAGUCCCUUAUUGGGGAAGAUUUCUGAGGUCGGCAGUUUUUAUUGAUAAUUUUAUUGACAAAAAAAAAAAAAUGCUUACAUUCUUUUUGUUGUCCAGUCAUAAUGUCUUGCAGUUUCUGGGUCACGUUUCUGUAAUCGAUGACUGAUUGCAUUGUGUGAUUGCUUUUGUUCAGGUAAGGGAUGGAAAGCAUAGACUUAAUAAAAAAUGGACGGAGUUAUUGCUUUGUUAGUUACUGGUAUGUGCGUGCAUAUGUCGAACUGAAAGUCUGACGGUUUUUUUCUUGUCACUAUGCAUAACCCGCUCUACAUUAUGAGUUCAGGGUUUUAAUUUAAAUUGUUUACAAAAAGCUCCACCCAUUCAUUAAAUCAUUCCACAGACAAAAGAUUUUAGGAACAAUGUUUAGAUGUCAACAGACGGAGGUAAUAAUUAAUGAUGACUCAUGAUAAGCCACUUUUAAAAGCUCUUGGUAGGUGUUUAUUUUAGAUUAAUAAUUAGUCACAGUGACAGUCAGACAGUGUAUUGUUUUAAACUAAAUGGCAUGUACAAUUAGGGAAAUUUCCUUCACAAAAAUACUCAGCGAUAUCAUUGAAUAUAAGUUAGCUUGCUGGAUUUCAAUCUAACAAAAAAAAGUGAAAUCUUUUCUUUUUUCCAAAAUUAAGUAAAAACAAACCUGGUUUAUGCUUUUUAAAUGUGAAAACCUUUCACUGUGGGCAUUUUUUUCUCUCCAUUCAAAAAUUUGAAGUUUCACUACAGCUGGUUUGAUAGCUCAAAUGUUACCAUCCGAGCUAAAUAUAUGAAAUGAAGGCCAAUUGUUUUCAUUUUGUUUCCAGAUUGGCAGAGAAGUCUUUUCGAGUGCUGAUUUCAUUUUAUUAAUCAAGGAAUUGAAAUUUACGUGACCAGUAUAUUGACAGCAAGUGAAAAACUGAAACUAUUUUGGUGUAUUGAAACUAAUUGUCUGCCUGAGAGCUUCACCAUCUAAAAAAAACUGCCUGCUUAUUUGCUCAACAACUAAAGAAUCUGCAACAUUCCUGUCGUCUUCUAACUUUUCAACAUUUUUCUUACGCACCUAACACCUCAUGUGCCCUUCAGCAUGUGUCACUUGAGCCCUAGAGUUGCAGGUUUUAUCGCACCAACUUUCACUUUGUUACCAAGUAAACUUUGGUAUCAAGCAAGUUACUUGGUUGUAUAACCUUCUGAUCCGCAAAGAUAAAGCCUGUUAUUUUGAGGUUUGGCUUGUCAAAUUUGGAUGGACAUGUUCGACAAAAGUUUUGCCUCUUGUACAGGAAUUCUGUGACGUUGGAAAUAUUCUCUUUUUUCAUGGUCAUCUAUUCUGAGCCACAAAAGGAUGAAAGACCAAAACAAAUGGUACAUGCUUUAUCUUUAUGGGACAAGAUAGUUUCCAUUUUUAGACAUGAAAGGGUAAUCGGAGGGUGAACAGUCAAUAGGAUUACUUUCAUUUGAGUGCAAAUAACGGCUUCAUCAAGUAAUAGUUUUAUGAUUUGUUUUUUUUUUUUAAAACACAAGCACAUUAAUAGGAAAUCUCUAUUUUUUUUCAGUAAUUCAUGAGAGAAGUUGAUGCUGUUUGGUGAAUACAGAAUGUUUUAAGGCACUUCAGCAGCUUUAAAUCUGCCAGAGUAUGAUUAUGCUCCUUUUCCCGUAACCUUUAGUUCGGGUUCACUAUUACGGUUAAGAGAGAAACAACAAUGCCAGUUUUCUGACUUUGAUUAAAAGCAGACAUGAUCAAAAAUGAAUCUCUAAUAUGUUCUAAAUUCUGUUUCUUUCAGGGUGUAAAUUAAAAAUCUUUUUUUUUUUUUUUUUCCCCCAGUCAUUGCUGGCUUUCUGUGAACUGGAUCACACUGACAUGCUAGAGAGAGAAAUGAACUUUAGCCCUAUUAAAAUAAUUUCACAAUAAAAGCACAUUGACAUGAGUUCUUACUAAGAAAGGAAUAGUAAAGCUGCACUUGGUCACUGUGCUUAUCGGAAGGGUACGUGUUGUAAUGUAAAAUUAGUUUUACAAAGUUUUUUUUUUUUUUCUUAAAAUUUAACAGGUAAAAAAUCUUUACACUUGCACAUGCCUGUCUAUAUAUCAGUCAGUUCAAUUUUGAAAUACUUCAAUUUCAAGAAUGGUAAACAUUCACAUUACUGUAAACCUGAAUGAGACAAAGUCACCCUGCAGUCAAAUGAGAUUAUUCUACCAGACUUGUCGGGUAUAAAGAUGGUAAGAGGAGGGUUUUUUAUACAUUAGACUAUGUCUGAACUUUACCGCUCACAUGCUUGUAGCUGUGCAGUUGUACACCCUGUUACCCUGUGUUAAAUGUGAAUGUCUGCUUACACCCAGAUAUACCUGGAGUUCUUAUUUGGUGUUUUAAACUGGGAUGAAAGGAUUUGUUGGUAUAUUCAUUUUGCAUAAAUCCAAUGCUGAACCUAA